ACCAUAUGGUGGCGCCAAUGCGCCAAUAAGCUUGUCAACCGUCCUUAAACCAAAGAAGAAGAAGAAGAAGAAGAAGAAGAAGACGAACAAGACGGAGAAAAGGGAAUGAACUACAUGGCAACAAAAUAAGACAGAUACAUCUUAUUUGGAGUGGAAUAUGGGGCGGUCUAGUACUCGGCGGCGUUAUCAUGAGGAGGUCAUCUCUGAUGAGGAGAUUGAUGGAAAGAGAAUGUUUGAUCUGGAGGAAAAGGUCCACAGCCAAAGAUUCAACUCUGAUCGCAUCAUUCGCAUGCAAGGCAAAGAUUUAACUUAUGAGUACAUUCAAAGAGGAGGCCUGAAAGACCCAAUCAUCUUUGAGGAAACUGAUGGCCUGGGCAUAAAGAUGCCAGAGCCAGACUUCAGUGUCAGUGAUGUCAAGAUGUUUGUUGGUAGCAGACGUAUGAUUGACGUCAUGGAUGUCAGCACUCAGAAGGGAACAGAGAUGUCCAUGGCCCAGUGGACACGUUACUACGAGAGUUCUCCGUCUCAGAGAGAGAAGCUCUACAAUGUCAUCAGUCUGGAAUUCAGCCACACAAAGCUGGAAAACCUGGUCCAGAGACCUUCCACACUAGAUCUUAUCGACUGGGUUGAUAACAUGUGGCCUCGUCACCUGAAAGAGAGGCAGAGGGACUCCACCAACUCAAUCAGUGACAUGCAAUAUCCCAAAGUACAAAAAUACUGUCUGAUGAGUGUGGAGGGAUGCUAUACAGACUUUCACAUCGACUUUGGAGGGACAUCUGUGUGGUAUCAUGUUCUGAGAGGCAGCAAGGUUUUCUGGUUGAUCCCUCCCACUACUCAGAACUUAGAACUGUAUGAAAACUGGGUGCUGUCUGGAAAGCAAGGCGAUAUUUUUCUGGGCGAUCGAGCGUCUGAAUGCCAGAGGAUAGAACUGCGCCAAGGCUGUACCUUCAUCAUACCGUCAGGUUGGAUUCAUGCCGUCUACACCCCUGUGGAUUCUAUCGUGUUUGGAGGAAACUUCCUCCACAGCUUUAACAUUCCCAUGCAGCUAAACAUCUGCAAUAUAGAGGACCGCACACGGGUUCCAGUCAAGUUCCGUCACCCGUUCUAUUAUGAAAUGUGCUGGUAUGUGUUGGAGCGAUAUAUCUUCAGUGUGACCCAGACAUCGUAUCUUACGCCAGAUUUCCAGAAAUUUUCUCUGGGUGUCGAUGCAGCCAGUAUGAAAGAAGAGGAUAAGAGCGCAAGUGAAGGGGAUGGUUCAGAGGAGUCUGGCAGACAAGCGGUUCAUUUCACUGCAUUGGAGCUGGAGGGGCUGUGGACGUUGGUGGGCAAACUGGAGUCACUGCCGUCCAACAAGAAGUGUGUCCCGGCGGGUAUACACAAUUCCUCGGCACUCAUCACACACAUGAAGGCACUACUCAAGGAGCAUGCUAAUGACAAUCCCAAACAGUCCUACACUGGAAAACCCAUAGUCAGGUGGCCAAAGAGGGCCUUAAAUUAUCAGCCGCCUCCUCCUCCACCGCCUCAUCUUCGUCCUAAACCGACCACUGUUUCAGUCAUGCCACGCCCACAGAAGCCUCCCUCCUCCAUGUCUGUUCUGAGAAGGCGUAGGGUCAGAUGUAAGCGCUGUGAGGCCUGCAUGAGAACUGAAUGCGGAGACUGCAAUUUCUGCAGAGACAUGAAGAAGUUUGGAGGACCGGGAAAGCUAAAGCAAACCUGUGUGCUGCGCCAGUGUCUCUCACCAGGACUUCCACUGUCUGCAGUUUGUGAAGUAUGCAAGGAGCCGAAUCAAGAGGAAACUGCAGAUGGUUUCUAUACUCUGAUGGAAUGUUCCAACUGUGCACAGAUCGUCCACCCUGCUUGCCUCACGGUUAGGGGUGAAGGCGUUAUCAAUAACGACCUGCCGAGCUGUUGGGAAUGUCCAAAGUGUGUCCAGGGGCUCACUGACACUGAGAAACGGAAAUCUUCCUCUCUGCUGGACGCCCGCAUGGCUAAGAUCUUCCGACAACAAAGACACAGCCGUGAUGGAGAUUCCAGUGAUGACGAGGAUGAAGCCACUCAGAGAAAAAGGAUGCGCCUCCAACGAGGAGGUGGCCACUCUUCUUCUAGGAGGGGGUUUGGUAACAGGAGGGGACUCCUCAAAGGAGGAUUGUCUCUUAGAGGGAGCCGGGAAAGUCCACUGACUCUUGGGAGUUCUUCCAUCCUGAAGAUGAAGACCAUGAAGGACGGCGGCAGGAGGAGGAGAGGGGUGAGGUUGAGGGGGGGCUCCAGGAUCCAGCACAGAGGAGCGUCAACUGACGAGUCUGAUUAUGGCGACGAAGAGGAAGAUGACGACGACAGCGGAAAUGGAGACCAGGAUCAGCGUUCUUAUCAGCCGGGUAGGAGGUUCAAGACUGAUGAUGAGGAAGAUGAGGACAGCGACCGACAGGAGUUUGACCCGGAUGAAGAGGAAGUGGACAAUUUUGAAGAUGAAGAGGGGCAGGAAGAGUUCUGGGAUUCUGACCCAGAACCUCCAGUGCUCCUGGUGUCUGAUCUGAAUGAUGACAUCCUGUGUGGAUCCUACCUGACUGUGACGCUACAAAGCCCCGACAGGACAGAGAAACCUGGUUCUAUAGUUCCCAAACUGGAAGCCGCAAUGGGUUUUCGGACACAAAAUGCCAACUUUAACAGAAAAACCACGCUUUCCAAAACUACGCGCAACACCCGUGAUGGACAACUUCCACAAGGACCAGGAAGGUCAGGCCUUCGCGGUAACUAUGUCACUCGGGGCACUGUUGAGCGAUCUACAUCCUCAGAGGAAGAGGCACGGGUGGCUUCAUCGAUCAGGGGGUCACAACCCUUGCCCUUUGCGGAUGUGGAAGAGAAUGGAGGAGAAAAGGACGUGUGGGUGUCUGUUUUUAAGUACCUCAACAGAGCUGACCUGCUAAAGUGCAUGAUGGUGUGCAAGACCUGGUACAAGUGGACGUUUGACAAGAAUCUUUGGAGCCAUCUGGAAUUACGUCAGUGGCGCCAUCUGACUCACAAUGCUUUGCUAGGCAUCGUACAACACCGGCCCAUCUCUCUGGAUCUGUCAUGGACCCCCGUGGCCAAAAGACAGCUCACGUCUUUUCUCGCCAGACUUCCAGGUCUUCGUGAAUUAAGGCUUGCUGGGCUGCCGUGGUCGUCCUUGUCAGCAUUAGCCUCGCAUGUCACGCCCUACCUUCGACUACUAGACCUGCGCUGGUGUGAGGGAAUCAAAGAUGCACAAAUUAAAGAGCUCCUCACCCCGCAUGGCUCCUACAUGCCUCGCUGCAGGCUGAAGAACAUGGUGACGCUACACCUGUCCGGUCUGGACAUCACCGAGUCCUCCGUGAGACUGCUCCAGCGAAAUAUGCCACACCUGGAGAAGCUGGACCUCGCUCAUUGCAAGAACAUAACGGAUUCUUCCAUAGCGGUGCUGGCUGCAGGGGGCACACAGACGCGCAACAACCUGAGUGAACUCACCCUAGCAGGUUGUAAUCAGCUGACAGAUGGAUGUAUGUCCUACCUGAAGAGAAUGUCCUCUUUGACCCUUCUGGACAUGAGAGGCUGCAAGGGAAUCAGCGUGCAAGUCUGCAACGCCUUCAUCUCUGACCUGUCGCACGUUGCCGCGUACUGCAUGAUGGAAGAGAAGCUCAUCCAGUGUCUGAAUUAAACGACAACAUGUGACUACUGCAAGCUUUGUAGGUCAAGCAACUAAAGAAGAAGACAAAUGUCUUUCCUUGAGUGAAAACACUACAGAGCUUUGUGAAACAUGAUUAGCACAUCUUUUGUUUGACCUUGUGGACAACACUUGCUCAACAAUUGCAGACCUUCAUUUGGAUUCCAUUUCCACAUUAAAGUAGUCAUUUGAGUCGUGAUUUUUUAUUGUAAAUUAUUAUGCAAGUGACUUAAAAUAAAAAAAAUGUCCGUUUUCAACAU